AUGGCUGUCAACAGCACAUUACUAUUGUCCCUAACCCAGUUUCAGUUGCAUCUUCUUCUCUUUCUAGUGUUGCCCUUCUCUGCAACUCCAUUGACCUUCAACUUCCCCAACUUUCCUCCUAGUGUUGCUAGCGAUAUAUUCAUGGAGGGAAAUGCUUCCGCCGAUGGUUCCCUCCGCCUUACCAAAAGCGCCGUCGAUGUUGAAAAGAACCAAAGCGUUGGCCGAGCCACCUACCACCAGCCCUUCCUCCUCCGUCAAAUCUCCACGGGGAAACUCGCCGACUUCACCUCAAACUUUACGUUCGUCAUCGACUCUCGCGGCAAUCCAUUGUAUGGCGACGGUCUCGCCUUCUUCAUCGCGCCAAAUGGGUCCGAACUCAACUCCACAAUCGGCAGAGGUGGCGCUCUCGGCCUACCUGUUAUAAACCCGCCGGAUACAGAGUCCAGUUAUAUGUUCCCGUUUGUGGCGGUGGAGUUUGACAUUUUUAACAAUCCGCUGACGUCGGUGCAAGAUCCCGCAGGCGACCAUGUCGGCAUCGAUGUGAACUCGACAAAGUCUUUGAUCACAGGGCGUUGGAAUGGCAGCGUUGUGAAUGGGGGAAUCAAUUGUGCUAUGGUUAGCUAUGACUCUGUGACCAAAAAUCUUAGUGUUGCUUACACAAGUUAUGUGAAUGGUGCACCAGUAAUGAGGUAUGUUCAUCACAAGGUGGAUUUGGAAAAGUGCUUGCCAGAAUGGGUGAUCGUUGGCUUCUCUGCGGCAACAGGCGCUACGACUGCUCUGCAUAAGAUCAACUCUUGGAGCUUUAAUUCAACUUUACUGGACGAUGAGAAUAGCACAUCAGUUGAUCCUGCGCCAAUCGAACCCACGUCAGGAAAUGCCAAUGUUGGACUAGUAGUUGGGUUGGUUGUUGGUGGAGUUGUUAUCUCGGUUGGUCUGUUGAGUUUAAUUUGGUUCCUCUUCUGCAGAAAGAGGAGGGAAACAACUGAGGAAAGUAGUGAUGAUGAUACUAGGGUACUUUAUGAUUUGGAUGCUGAAGAUUUCGAAAAGGGGACUGGCCCUAGGAAGUUUUCGUACAAUGAAUUGGUCCUAGCAACUAGUGAUUUUGCACAGGGAGAAAAGCUUGGGGAGGGAGGAUUUGGCGGAGUUUACAGAGGCUUCAUCAAAGAUAUGAACUCGUAUGCAGCUGUUAAGAAGAUAUCAAGGGGGUCUAAACAAGGGCUGAAGGAGUAUGCAGCAGAAGUGAGUAUCAUCAGUCGGCUCAGGCACCGGAAUCUGGUGCAACUAAUCGGUUGGUGCCAUGAAAAGAAACUCCUACUUGUCUACGAAUUCAUGCCCAAUGGUAGUUUGGAUUCUCAUUUGUUCAAAGAAAAAAGCUUGCUGACUUGGGAGGUAAGAUACAAUAUUGCACAUGGAUUGGCAUCGGGAUUGCUCUAUCUACACCAAGAAUGGGAUCAAUGUGUGCUGCACAGGGACAUCAAAUCUAGCAAUGUUAUGUUAGAUGCAAAUUAUAACGCUAAACUUGGAGAUUUUGGGUUAGCCAAACUUGUAGACCAUGGAAAACUAUCUCAAACAACAGUUGUGGCCGGAACCAUGGGUUACAUGGCUAUGGAAUAUGUUACAACAGGAAAAGCAAGCAAGGAAACAGAUGUCUACAGCUUCGGAGUAGUUGCCUUGGAAAUAGCAUGCGGGAGAAAACCAAUUGAUUACAGCUAUGAAAAAGAGCAAAUCAAUAUGGUGGAAUGGGUUUGGGAGCUCUAUGGAGAAGGGAAAAUCAUUGAAGCAGCAGACCCAAAAUUGUGCGGAGAAUUUGAUGAGAAGCAAAUGGAGUGCUUAAUGAUUGUCGGGUUAUGGUAUUCUCAUCCGGAUCACAAUUGUAGACCUUUGAUACAACAAGCAAUACAAGUUCUUAACUUCGAAGUUCCACUUCCCAAUCUUCCAUUGAAGAUGCCUGUGGCCUUUGCUCCUCAGUUAACACUAUCGAUGUUGUAUAGUGGUGAUACUACUAGAGGUCAGAGUGAGUCUUCAGGAUAUGAUUCUACCAUCAAUUCCUCACAGCUCAUCUCAUCCUCUACCACGAAUUCGAAUCCAACUGCAAGUUAACGGAUUAAUUUACAAUUGAUCGAUUUUGUCACACCAGAUAACAUUGGAUAUUACAGAUGAAGUUUACAAGAAUGAGAGCUUAUUCGAUACACGGGCCGUGUUUGUACACGGGGUAUGCGUGCAACCACGCGCUAUUAGCACUACUUUGAGUUCUUUCAUUUGAUUUGUACCUCUGAAACACAG